CCCAUUGGAAAUGGAUAACGUAAUUUCAGAUUUAAGUAGUGAGAGUGAGAGUAUAGAAGGACGGAGAUAGGGUUCUCACUGGAACAAAGACGAUGAAACCAACAAUGACUUCAGAGUAGAACUGCACGGAGCUUGAGUUCGUGGAGCUCAUAUUCUAGGUACUUCACCAUGAUACUAAAUGGGUGCACAAUGCCCUCUGGGCAUGAUUUUAUGAGAUCCAGGUUGUCUAAGACCACCAUAGCUAGUGGCUCAUUUUUCACAUGCAGUCCUUGUUUGCCUGCCAGAGCCACCUUCUCAAGCAUAAGUUCACGGGGAUCUCAUCAAGAGGGUAAGCCACUCUUGCACCUCUCAGCUACAUCAACCCAACUUUUAAGUGGGGAUCAGGGUAGCCUUCUACGCACAAUCCCCUUGUUACCAAGGCGACACAAAUCUCGUAUGACUCCUCAGGCAUCCAAGGAUGUUCCAUACAGUUUCCGUUUCCCUCCAAUGACCAAGAAGCCAAGAUGGUGGUGGAGGACAUUGGCAUGCCUCCCCUAUUUAAUGCCUCUCCAUGAGACAUGGAUGUAUGCUGAGACAGCAUAUCACCUGCACCCCUUCUUGGAAGACUUUGAAUUCUUAACGUACCCAUUUCUUGGAGCCAUUGGGCGGUUGCCAAGCUGGUUCUUGAUGGCAUACUUUUUUGUAGCAUAUCUUGGAAUUGUGAGAAGAAAGGAAUGGCCUCACUUCUUCAGAUUUCAUGUGGUGAUGGGUAUGUUGUUGGAGAUUGCAUUGCAGGUGAUAGGGACUGUGAGCCGCUGGAUGCCACUUGCUUUCUACUGGGGUAAAGUGGGGAUGCACUUUUGGACAGCCGUGGCAUUUGCUUAUCUUUUCACAGUUUUGGAGAGCAUACGUUGUGCUCUUGCUGGUAUGUAUGCUGACAUCCCUUUUGUCUGCGAUGCUGCAUAUAUUCAAAUUCCAUAUGAUUAAGGAGGGAAAGCAUGAGAGGGGAUCUGUCUACCUUUCCAUUUUGUUGGCGUUUGUUGUAUGUCAGAUUACAGACUUUGUGAGCAGAACUACUUUUGGUUGUUAAAAGUUGCCUAGCUUAAAUUUCCUUAAUUGGAUGAGUUAUGUUUGUACUGAAUUAGGAUCGUCUUUCUAAUUGUUAAUUGUAUAGCUUUGGUAUGUUAA